UUAAUGAAGUAAAAUUUAAAAUUUCAUACCUAGAAUACGAACAAAAAAAAUGUUCAAAUGUUGGCCAAAACAUUGAUAAAACAUGUUUUUUUUACUCAUCCUGUAGUUUUGCAAAAAUGGGCAAAAUUAUGCAAAAAUAGGCGACCUUAAUCGUUACUCAUUACAUAAUAUAAUUAUUAUUUUAGUAGUUACAUUAUUAUCGAAUACUUCAACAUUAAAUGUAAUCAUUUUGUAUUUAUUAUUACUUGUAAAUCGGAACUUUCCAAUUUCUAUAAAUUUUUUAAAGAGAUAUACACUGAUGUACACUGUACAGGGUUACCCACAAAUUAUAAGACUGUAAUGACGACCUGAAACUCUUAAGAUGUGACGAUUCCAAGGUUUAAUUAAGCCUUUUGUCUUGAAUUUAGUGUUUAAAAGACUUACUAAUUGAUUUGGCAAAGACAGAAACAAGUUUACAUUUAUAGUUAAUAGAAAUCCCGAAUAUAAAGAAUAAGACAGUAAUGUAUUACACAGUUUAUACGUAAUAAAAAUAACAUAUGAACUUUUAUCCUUUGUGGGUCACCCAGUACAUUUAGUUCAAUGUCAAAAUGUUGAUCUUUGUAUGGGUCUUUACACACAAACAAACAAUAUGUGGCAAAAUAUUUAACCAUUUUUUUUAAUCUAAAAAAUCCAGGGUUGAACAUGUUGCUGAGAAUUAUCACCAGAAAGUGCUCGCUGAAGAUCUAAAGGAUAUUAUUGACUUGAUCACACUCAGCACAAGAUGCUAUUUUAUCAUCAGGGACAGGGUAGGGUAAUGCAGGGAGUCCCAAAAAAAUGAUAGUCGAAAAAGACGAGUUUAGAUUGUCGUCUUUUAUCUUUGAUCGGAAAAUUGACUCUUAAAUCGUCUCUCAACUGUAGAAUUCAUUGGGACAUCAUGUAAGAUAUAGUGAGACCAAGGAUACGGGUUCUAAGGUUCAGUUCAGACUUUUAAUAUGGGUUUGUACUGGGAUCUUCUUUAAAGUCUUUUAUCUUGAAACUUAAAAAGGUUUGAAAUAAGAACCUUUAUUAUAUAAGUCUAUUGAGAUGAUUUUUUUUUAAUUCAGAGCAAUUAUAACUAUUGUUGUUAUUGUGGGCUUUAUAAAUUAAUCAAUGUUCACACAAAAACAUCCAAUUGGAAAGAAAAAUUUCGAAUAACUUUUGAACAAUAUUUUUAAUAGUGAGGCCCCUUUUAAUGAAUAGAAAAAAAUGGUAUGAAAAAUUUCUAUUUAGGCAAAACAUGUUGAAAAUAUCACUUUAACAAACUUUAGCCAUAGACCAACAUUUAUCAUCAUAGUGAGCCAUACACCUCAAGAUGUCAAGCUGCCUUUGGGCAGACCCUGGGCUCAGGGAUGAAAAAGGUCACGUGUAUCAAGGUCUUUGGUCUCAAUAUGGCAAGAAUAUUUUAUUCAAGAGAAAAGAUCAAACCUCAGAUCCACCUUUCAGGGUUGCCUACAAUAAUUAUGUUCCACGAUUUCAACUUGUGGAAGAACAAGUUGACAUGAAAACCAGUGAAGGAUACUUUCUUCAAACGUUCUUAGAUAGGAAAAAAUUAAAAGUUGAAUACAUGGACAUGAAAAUGCUUUUUGGAAACUUUGACAAAAAAACUGGUAUCUGGGAUGGUACUGUAGGAACGGUUGGAUAUGGGCAUGCAGAUUUGGGAAUUUCAUACAUGGCGUUUGUUUUAGAAAGGAUGCACUUUGUGAUGUACACCCAUCCAGUUGGGGUUUUUGAAUUGAAAUGGGUGUCAAAGUAUCCAGACAGAGUUGGGUCAAGGUAUAAUCUGGUUUCGGUUUUUGAUAUAAACACAUGGAUAGCAACCUUUCUCAGUAUAAUAGGUUGUUCGUUAGCAUUGUUAUUUAUUGUGCAAGUAAAGAAGCGACAAGGUUUCAUCCCUCAGCAAGAUACUUUUCUUGUUUUGAUAACUCCGUUCUCCCUGAUAACUGCUGAAGGAACACCAGGCCCAGAUAUGUUUUUAACUAGAACAGGACGAGUUUUUUCUGGAACUAUUAUACUUUUUAUUUGGGGGUUAGUCUCAUUUCUUCUUAUAAACGCUUUCUCGUGCAAUCUCAGUGCCGUUUUGAUGAAACCUGCUUUUCAAGUCCCAAUAGAUACGGCUCAGCAAAUAGUGGAGGAAAAGAAGAUUGUUAUAAGCUCAGUUCCUGGCUAUGUAGCUGCAGUUCUUAGUUUUUCGUCAAACCCUUGGACUAAAAAGCUUCUGGAGAGCAAUGAACAACAGUUAAUACCAGCGCCUGGGUUCUUUGAUGUACUAAAUAAUCUGAAUGCUGAUCAAGUAUUUUAUCUGGAUGAGGAGUAUGCACUUCAUUUAACCAAGAAGGAAGGUAGAAAGACCCCUCUUCUGUAUUUUGGCAAGGAAACAGUGAGACCCUAUUACACGGGUUGGAUUCUUGAGAAUGGUUCAAGAUGGGAGGAGGAAGUAAAUCAACAUGUACUGCAAUGCAAUCAGGCUGGGUUCCAUCUAAAACUAGCACGAGAAUCUCAGCCACCAAAAUUUCAAUUUGAAGUGUCUGAGACACGUUUGAGUUUAGAACAUCUUAUUGUUCCUUUAUUCAUUCUUGGAGGGGGUGCAAUACUUUCUAGUUCAGUCUUUGUUUUUGAGAUAAUCUGGAAUAAAUGGAAGAUUAAAAUAAAGAAAAAUAUGUUAGCACAUUAACUUGAAAUAAAUCAUAAAAUA